CGGGGCUUGGGCACCUCAUUCCCAGCCGCGGACCUGCUGCCUUUCCCCCCCUCUGGCUCUGUUUGCGGAGUCCCUGCCGGCAGAGGGUGAGUGACGGGGGGGGUCAAACUGCCACUCCACCCUCCUUGGCUUCCUCCCUCCCCUCCACCCCAGAAGCAGCAGCAUGUGGCUCUUGGAGAGGAUCCGGGGCUCGGUGGAGAAUGGUGCCGCCCGGGCCGGCGACUCAGGGGAUAAGCAGUCCAAGGGCCCCCUGUACAGCAACGUGCUGACCCCCGAUAAGAUCCCGGAUUUCUUCAUCCCACCCAAGCUCACCACGGUGCCGCCCGAGGCCGAGGGGGCGGAGGGGAAAGCCAAGCCCAACCUUGGCACCUCGGCCUCGGAGCAGAACCUGUCGGCCCACAAGCCCCCGCGCAGCCCCCGCCUGCCGGUCAAGGCUGCCUCGGAGAGCAAGAACCUGCUGAAGGCCGCCAGCCGGCACAUCAUCCAGAUCGAGAGCGCCGACGAAUGGGCCUCGGAGGAGGACUUCAGCACCAACGCCGACCCCCAGGCCCAGACGGCCAUGUCCCUCCCCUACGUGCCCAAGGCCCAGACCUCCUACGGCUUUGCCACCCUCAUGGAAAGCCCCCAUACCCGGCGCAAGGAGUCCCUCUUCCACAGCGAGCACGGCAGCCUGUGCCAGUCGCAGGCGACCUCGCCCAGCUCCCAGCGCAAGGCGGGGGCCGGCGGGGGCAAGGUGAACGGGGAGAGCGCCCGCCUGACCCCCUCCGACAUCGGCAUGUCCCUCAUGAACCCCUACCGCUACUUCAGCGGGGGGGAGAGCGACACCUGCUCAUCGGCCGAGUCCUCGCCCUUCAGCUCGCCACUGCUCUCCCGCUCCGUCUCCCUGCUCAAAAUCUUCAGCCAGGACAGCCAGGCGAAGGUCAUCAAACUCAAGCACUCGGUGGCCCGGAACAGCUCCCUCUCCACCGACGACAGCUCGGCCGACACCAGCCCCAGCUCGCAGCGGCGCAUGCGGUGCGCCACGCCCCCAGCGGGGGCGGCGGGGGGCGCCCCGGCCCAGUCCCUCCUGCCUUUGGACUCGCCGGACCGCCUGCACAAGGAGCACACCAUCCGGCUGAGCAAAGGCGGCAGCAUGCGGCUCACGGCCGAGUACGACGCCGCCAACGCCCGGCUGCGGGUGCGGGUCAUCGCGGCCGAGGAGCUGUUCGACAAGCUGUGCGACGCCCGCUCCAUCAACUGCUGCGUCUCCCUCUGCCUCAACCCGGGCAAGGUGCAGAAGCAGCGCAGCACCAUCAUCAAGAACAGCCGCAACCCCGUCUUCAACGAGGACUUCUUCUUCGACUGCCUGGGCGCCGGCAACGUCAAGAAGAUGGCCCUCAAGGUCAAGGUGGUCAACAAGGGCAGCAGCUUGAAGCGGGACACGCUGCUGGGCGAGAGGGAGCUCCCGCUCACCUCUCUGCUGCCCUUCUUAUAAGCCCGUCUUCUACCUCCCUGCCGCUCUCCUGCCCUGUUGGGAGGGGAUGGGCAGGGAGGCGGUGGAGAGGAGGGAUCAGGCCACCAUGAGGGAUGAGGGGCGUGGGAUGCUCCCCCGGGGUAACGGCAUGUCCAUUCCAGGCUUGUGUGUGUGCAUGUGUGUGUAGGGGGGACAAGACUCAUCCGACUCCCCCAGGAUGGGUCUCCUUUGCUGAUCAUUCUCUGCAUGGACGUGCCUAGAGGCGGUGGCUGCCAUGUGUCCCCUCGGGAGGCCGUGAGCGGCUAGCAAGUUGUAUGUUCUUCUCUAGAGAAGUGGUGGGGAUGAGGCAUGCUGGUGGCCUAUGUUCUCCGGGGCCCUGCUGGAAGGCAUUGAUGGGAGGUGGGUUAUCCCUGUGCGGCUCGAGGACGGCCUCGCACAAAUGAGGCGGUAGU